CAUCCUCACGAUCACACAGACAGGUGACAGACAGGUUGAUCCGAUCACUAAAAUGAGAUUAAUCAUUCCUUUCCUUUUGCUCGUUUAUUGUUUAACCCAGACAUCAGGCAUCACCAUUGAGGCCACUCCCGGCACCAGUGAUGGUGUCGUGCAGGUGGUGCUGAAUCAGACUGUGUCGCUGCGUUGUGACUCUGAAGCUGACAAAGAGCUGGUGUGGCUGAGGAACGGAGCAAAGAUUGAUCUGAAGGAAGAAAACAAGAAGGGUAGCAGUCAUGUCUGCGUCUCUCCUGUCAUCCAUGAAGACAACGGAGCCACCUUCACCUGUUACCUGCACAGCAAUGCCUCCGACACGGCCUCCGUCACCCUGAACGUCACCUAUCACCCUCUGCUCUCCGGUUCAGAGGAGGUCAAAGUGGAAGAGGGUGAAACUCUGGUCCUGCAGUGUGACACCCGGGCCAACCCAGUACUCCUGUCCAUCUCGUGGGAACUAAACGGAAGCAUGGUGGAUCUGUUAGCAGACGGCUUCACGGUGACCAGCGACGGCGUUACGAGUGUGCUACGAGCCAGCAAGGUGGAGAAGAGCGUGCACGAAGGCACGUAUAAGUGCACGACAAACUCUCCCAGUUAUGGACACAGCAGCAAGCUCUUCCAUGUCACUGUGACAGAGAAGACCAAGAAGUUCCCUCUGAUGCCGAUGAUCGCGGGGCUGGUGGUGGUGUUCCUCACCACUCUUCUGGCCAUAGUUUCACGAUGGAAGAAAAUCGCACAGUGCUGCAAGUAAAAAGACCUGCAACAUCGAGACAUCCCACGAAAACAGCACCGCUUCCACGUGCUCAAGAAAUCAUUACUAUCCCCUUAUGAAGCUUAGUGAUUUAAUUUAUUUGACAUUUCUCUAAAAAAAUACUUUUCUGGACACAUAAUAAACUAAAGACAGACGGUAGUUUAGUACAAACUGGUCUGGCUGUUUCCAAAACAAUGAGUAAAGAGUACAAGUUUGAUUUCAGCAUUCCAGUCAGGGAGUUUAAAAUGUGCUGUCUGGUUGUUUUACUCAAAUAUGAAUGAAUAUAUAAAUAUAACAGACGUAUUUGACUCUAACAAAGCAGUCUGUUGGCUUAUUCAGACUGUUCCAUCUCCUUUACAAUGUUAUGUGUUCACACUGGUAUUUAUAUGAGGAAUUAAAAAAAGGAGGAUUUAUGAAUUUAGCAGAAAAAGCCAUAUUUGUGGUUGCUGAGCCCACAAAAUGUUGAGUCGACCGAGUUCAGGUUUUUGUUUCCCUCCAUAAACAAAAUUAAUUGUUCAUAUCUGUUUGAUCAUUUAUGUUACAAAUUGUUUUAUUAUAUUAUGGCUGAGAACAUCUUUCU